AGUGUUGAAACAAAAAGUGCAUAAAAUUGCAAUUGUGUGCAGUGCAGCGAAGAAUAUUAUUGUGAACUUAUUAGAAUAAAAGCUCCAAUAUGCAAAUCUUUGUGAAGACUCUGACCGGAAAGACCAUCACCCUGGAGGUGGAACCAUCCGACACCAUCGAGAAUGUAAAAGCCAAGAUCCAGGACAAGGAGGGAAUCCCUCCAGACCAGCAACGUCUCAUCUUUGCCGGCAAGCAGCUCGAAGAUGGCCGUACCCUGUCGGAUUAUAACAUCCAGAAGGAAUCCACUCUCCAUCUGGUACUUCGUCUGCGUGGUGGCAUGCAGAUUUUCGUCAAGACACUGACCGGAAAGACCAUCACGCUGGAGGUGGAACCAUCCGACACCAUCGAGAAUGUAAAAGCCAAGAUUCAGGACAAGGAGGGAAUCCCUCCAGAUCAGCAACGUCUGAUCUUUGCCGGCAAGCAGCUCGAAGAUGGUCGCACCCUGUCGGAUUAUAACAUCCAGAAGGAAUCCACUCUCCAUCUGGUACUUCGUCUGCGUGGUGGCAUGCAGAUUUUCGUCAAGACUCUGACCGGAAAGACCAUCACGCUGGAGGUGGAACCAUCCGACACCAUCGAGAAUGUAAAGGCCAAGAUUCAGGACAAGGAGGGAAUCCCUCCAGAUCAGCAGCGUCUGAUCUUUGCCGGCAAGCAGCUCGAAGAUGGCCGUACCCUGUCGGAUUAUAACAUCCAGAAGGAAUCCACUCUCCAUCUGGUACUUCGUCUGCGUGGUGGCAUGCAGAUUUUCGUCAAGACUCUGACCGGAAAGACCAUCACCCUGGAGGUGGAACCAUCCGACACCAUCGAGAAUGUAAAGGCCAAGAUUCAGGACAAGGAGGGAAUCCCUCCAGAUCAGCAACGUCUCAUCUUUGCCGGCAAGCAGCUCGAAGAUGGUCGUACCCUGUCGGAUUAUAACAUCCAGAAGGAAUCCACUCUCCAUCUGGUACUUCGUCUGCGUGGUGGCAUGCAGAUUUUCGUCAAGACACUGACCGGAAAGACCAUCACGCUGGAGGUGGAACCAUCCGACACCAUCGAGAAUGUAAAAGCCAAGAUUCAGGACAAGGAGGGAAUCCCUCCAGAUCAGCAGCGUCUGAUCUUUGCCGGCAAGCAGCUCGAAGAUGGUCGCACCCUGUCGGAUUAUAACAUCCAGAAGGAAUCCACUCUCCAUCUGGUACUUCGUCUGCGUGGUGGCAUGCAGAUUUUCGUCAAGACUCUGACCGGAAAGACCAUCACGCUGGAGGUGGAACCAUCCGACACCAUCGAGAAUGUAAAGGCCAAGAUUCAGGACAAGGAGGGAAUCCCUCCAGAUCAGCAGCGUCUGAUCUUUGCCGGCAAGCAGCUCGAAGAUGGUCGCACCCUGUCGGAUUAUAACAUCCAGAAGGAAUCCACUCUUCAUCUGGUACUUCGUCUGCGUGGUGGCAUGCAGAUUUUCGUCAAGACACUGACCGGAAAGACCAUCACGCUGGAGGUGGAACCAUCCGACACCAUCGAGAAUGUAAAAGCCAAGAUUCAGGACAAGGAGGGAAUCCCUCCAGAUCAGCAACGUCUCAUCUUUGCCGGCAAGCAGCUCGAAGAUGGCCGUACCCUGUCGGAUUAUAACAUCCAGAAGGAAUCCACUCUCCAUCUGGUACUUCGUCUGCGUGGUGGCAUGCAGAUUUUCGUCAAGACACUGACCGGAAAGACCAUCACGCUGGAGGUGGAACCAUCCGACACCAUCGAGAAUGUAAAAGCCAAGAUUCAGGACAAGGAGGGAAUCCCUCCAGAUCAGCAACGUCUCAUCUUUGCCGGCAAGCAGCUCGAAGAUGGCCGUACCCUGUCGGAUUAUAACAUCCAGAAGGAAUCCACUCUUCAUCUGGUACUUCGUCUGCGUGGUGGCAUGCAGAUUUUCGUCAAGACACUGACCGGAAAGACCAUCACGCUGGAGGUGGAACCAUCCGACACCAUCGAGAAUGUAAAAGCCAAGAUUCAGGACAAGGAGGGAAUCCCUCCAGAUCAGCAACGUCUCAUCUUUGCCGGCAAGCAGCUCGAAGAUGGUCGCACCCUGUCGGAUUAUAACAUCCAGAAGGAAUCCACUCUCCAUCUGGUACUUCGUCUGCGUGGUGGCAUGCAGAUUUUCGUCAAGACUCUGACCGGAAAGACCAUCACGCUGGAGGUGGAACCAUCCGACACCAUCGAGAAUGUAAAGGCCAAGAUUCAGGACAAGGAGGGAAUCCCUCCAGAUCAGCAGCGUCUGAUCUUUGCCGGCAAGCAGCUCGAAGAUGGUCGCACCCUGUCGGAUUAUAACAUCCAGAAGGAAUCCACUCUUCAUCUGGUACUUCGUCUGCGUGGUGGCAUGCAGAUUUUCGUCAAGACACUGACCGGAAAGACCAUCACGCUGGAGGUGGAACCAUCCGACACCAUCGAGAAUGUAAAAGCCAAGAUUCAGGACAAGGAGGGAAUCCCUCCAGAUCAGCAACGUCUCAUCUUUGCCGGCAAGCAGCUCGAAGAUGGCCGUACCCUGUCGGAUUAUAACAUCCAGAAGGAAUCCACUCUCCAUCUGGUACUUCGUCUGCGUGGUGGCAUGCAGAUUUUCGUCAAGACACUGACCGGAAAGACCAUCACGCUGGAGGUGGAACCAUCCGACACCAUCGAGAAUGUAAAAGCCAAGAUUCAGGACAAGGAGGGAAUCCCUCCAGAUCAGCAACGUCUCAUCUUUGCCGGCAAGCAGCUCGAAGAUGGCCGUACCCUGUCGGAUUAUAACAUCCAGAAGGAAUCCACUCUUCAUCUGGUACUUCGUCUGCGUGGUGGCAUGCAGAUUUUCGUCAAGACACUGACCGGAAAGACCAUCACGCUGGAGGUGGAACCAUCCGACACCAUCGAGAAUGUAAAAGCCAAGAUCCAGGACAAGGAGGGAAUCCCUCCAGAUCAACAACGUCUCAUCUUUGCCGGCAAGCAGCUCGAAGAUGGCCGUACCCUGUCGGAUUAUAACAUCCAGAAGGAAUCCACUCUCCAUCUGGUUCUUCGUCUGCGUGGUGGAAUUUAAAUGAUUCA